UGCAACAGUCACCACCAGCAACAUAGUAGCGAAACUUCUGCAGCAACAUCGAGUUCAAACAUAAGCUAUGCUGGCCCAAAUGGGAGAUAAAUUCAGUUUUCGGUUUUGAAACCCUGACUCGGAUUUUGAUAAGCCUGCGUUUUAGGGGAUGAAAUACACGUUUAUUGGGAAUUUCGUUAUUUUUUUGUUCCUGCACCCGAGUAUCUGCUCGAGACGAGGAAGGGUGUAAUCAUGGCACUGCUAUGCUGAUGCAGGCCACUAUGCCGUGACUCCAUUCUUCUCCAUUCACUGUGAGACUAACGUUAGCUACCCGCUACAACCAUAGGGUUCGUCGGAAUUCAUUUUGAAAAGUAAUAUACACAGACACAUGAAUGAUAAAUAUUUUCUAUAAACUUACGUCAAGCUGGAACUCUAAGGGGUAUGUCUAAUCAAGGAGUUCGGAGAAAUGGCCCAGUAAAGCUGCGGUUGACAGUCCUGUGUGCGAAGAACCUGUCAAAGAAAGACUUCUUCCGGUUGCCGGACCCCUUCGCCAAAGUGGUGGUGGACGGGUCUGGGCAGUGCCACUCCACCGACACUGUGAGGAACACGCUGGACCCCAAGUGGAAUCAACAUUAUGACCUGUACAUUGGGAAGUCUGACUCCAUCACCAUCAGUGUUUGGAACCACAAGAAGAUCCACAAGAAGCAGGGAGCUGGCUUCCUGGGCUGUGUCCGCCUGCUCUCCAACGCCAUCAACCGCCUCAAAGACACUGGCUAUCAGAGACUGGACCUCAAUAAGCUGGGGCCCAACGACAACGACACUGUGAGAGGCCAGAUAGUCGUGAGCCUCCAGUCCAGGGACCGCAUCGGGACCGGGGGCCCCGUGGUGGACUGCAGCCGCCUGUUUGACAACGACCUGCCUGAUGGCUGGGAGGAGAGAAGGACGGCGUCCGGACGGAUCCAGUACCUGAACCACAUCACACGCACCACGCAAUGGGAGAGGCCGACCAGGCCGGCGUCGGAGUACUCCAGCCCCGGGCGGCCCCUCAGCUGCGUGGUGGACGAGAACACGCCCAUCAUGACCCCCAACGGGGCGGCCAGCGGGCUGCCCAGCGACCCCCGGGUCCAGGAGAGGCGCGUGCGCUCCCAGCGCCACCGCAACUACAUGAGCCGCACGCACCUGCACACCCCGCCGGACCUGCCCGAGGGUUACGAGCAGAGAACCACGCAGCAGGGCCAGGUCUACUUCCUCCACACCCAGACCGGGGUCAGCACCUGGCACGACCCCCGGGUGCCCAGGGACCUGAGCAACGUCAACUGUGAGGAGCUGGGCCCGCUGCCGCCCGGCUGGGAGAUCCGCAACACGGCCACGGGCCGGGUCUACUUUGUGGACCACAACAACCGAACCACGCAGUUCACCGACCCGCGUCUCUCCGCCAACCUCCACCUGGUGCUCAACCCCAGUCCUAACGGUUCCCGCGUGGCUAUGGAGAGCCAGAACACUAACCUCAGGUAACCCCCAUCCCCACACCGAAGGGGGGGGGGGGGGGCNCCCCCGCAGGCCCUGUCCCCAGCCCAGCUCCCGGAGGACGCCGAGUGUCUGACGGUGCCCAAGUACAAGAGGGACCUGGUGCAGAAGCUGAAGAUCCUGCGCCAGGAGCUGUCGCAGCAGCAGCCGCAGGCGGGCCACUGCCGCAUCGAGGUCUGCAGGGAGGAGAUCUUCGAGGAGUCGUACCGCCAGGUGAUGAAGAUGCGGCCCAAGGACCUGUGGAAGAGACUGAUGGUCAAGUUCCGAGGGGAGGAGGGGCUGGACUAUGGAGGCGUGGCCAGGGAGUGGUUGUACCUGUUGUCCCACGAGAUGCUGAACCCGUACUACGGCUUGUUCCAGUACUCCAGAGACGACAUCUACACCCUGCAGAUCAACCCCGACUCUGCCGUCAACCCGGAGCACCUGUCCUACUUCCACUUUGUGGGGCGGAUCAUGGGCAUGGCGGUGUUCCACGGCCACUACAUCGACGGGGGCUUCACCCUGCCCUUCUACAAGCAGCUGCUGGGCAAGCCCAUCACCCUGGACGACAUGGAGUCUGUGGACCCCGACCUGCACAACAGCCUGGUCUGGAUCCUGGACAAUGACAUCACGGGUGUUCUGGACCACACCUUCUGUGUGGAGCACAACGCCUAUGGAGAGAUCAUCCAGCACGAGCUCAAACCCAACGGCAAGAGUGUCCCCGUCACCGAGGACACCAAGAAGGAGUAUGUCAGGCUGUAUGUGAACUGGAGGUUCCUCCAUGGCAUAGAGGCUCAGUUCCUGGCCCUGCAGAAGGGCUUCAACGAGGUCAUCCCCCAGCACCUGCUCAAGGCCUUCGACGAGAAGGAGCUGGAGUUGAUCGUGUGCGGCCUGGGCAAGAUCGACAUCGGCGACUGGAAGUCCAACACGCGGCUGAAGCACUGCACGCCCGACAGCAACAUCGUCAAGUGGUUCUGGAAGGCGGUGGAGUCGUACGACGAGGAGCGCCGCGCCCGCCUGCUGCAGUUCGUCACCGGCUCCUCCAGGGUCCCGCUGCAAGGCUUCAAGGCUCUGCAGGGUGCUGCAGGACCCAGGCUCUUCACCAUCCAUCAGAUCGAUGCCAACACCAACAAUCUGCCCAAAGCCCACACCUGCUUUAACCGGAUCGACAUUCCGCCCUACGAGAACUAUGACAAGCUGUACGACAAGCUGCUGACAGCCAUCGAGGAGACUUGCGGCUUCGCCGUGGAAUGAGGGACGCAUCGGGCGGGAGGAGAGUGUGUGUGUGUGUGUUUGCGUGCACGUGUGUGUGGUGUCAGUGUGGCACGGCUGCCGCGGACUCUGCUGUCACCACAGGCCACCGUGCCCCCCCCCCCCCCCCUCGAAGGGACACCGCCACAUUCAGCCACGCCCACCAGGCCGGGCACCACGCCCACCAGGCCGGGCGACCACGCCCACCAGGCCGGGCGACCACGCCCCCUCCUGCCGGCCUGCAGCUCUCUUCACCUGGAGAACAGGACGUUGUGUGGAGGGGGAGGGGCCCAUGGUCGUCUCCCUCUCUUCCCAUUCUUCCUUUUUUUUUUUUAUAUAUAUCCAAUUUUUUCAGCUGCUACAGACUUGAUUUACCUUGAAUCCCUGCAAGAACGCCGGCAACUUUUUUUUUGUAGAAUUUGUUAUUUUGUUUUCCUUUUGUGUAAUAGCUUAUUUUAGUGCUAAUGGUAAAAGACAAGAACUGUUUGAGUUGGGUUGACUUGGCAUUCGUUCUGUUGUCGUGUGUGAUGGUCUAAGUCCAGCCUGCGGUGAUUAUUAGAGUAGCCAGUCUCUGCUUGAGAGAGAACUGAAAUGUGAAGGCCCCCCUUUGUGCAGACAAGCUACGAUCGAUCACCAACUAGCCAUAUCUUGCCCAUGGUAGCCACUCUAACCUCAACCAUCCCCUUGAUCCCCUUGCCAUUUGCAUGAAUGCAUACACACACAUAGACAUAUUUACACCUCAAACACACACACACAGGUAGAAUGGAAGAUGGCCGCCUUUCACAGACGUAAAAACUGCUUAGUCAUUUUUGUUCCAGCAAGCAGAGACAGUGAAGUUAGAACUGAUGCCUACCAUUGGUACUUAGCCUUUUAAUCUUAUCGGUGUCAUCAAAAAUCCUUCCGAUCCAAAAGCUCUUUGGGGGGGGGGGGCUGUUGUUUUGUGGCAUUUCAACGUGAAACCGAGCUCAGCUGAAAUGGGGUGCAGUGUGUCGUGAGGGGAGCUGACCGACAUGAAGGCAAGCGACCGCCCGACUCGUCCGCCACAGCGUCACCAUUGCAUCAUCCACCUGUGCGUGUGUGUGCACGCGCACGUGAGAGAGCGGCAACGACGGAGCGUGCGGGAGCAGGAGGACUCGCGAGUGCAAGGUGGAAUUCCGUCGAGGGGGAAAAAAACGUCAACAAAAAAAAACCCCGGUCGGAUCGCCCGGCCUACCGAAGCGCCCUCCUGUUGCUAGGUGACGUGGUAUUCACUUUGUGCUAGAGCGUUAACUGCGCCGCCGCCGUCGCCCCAAAGCCUGUAUACCUGGGCUGAAUCUCAAUAGUGUGGCUGCCCCCCCCCCCCCUCCCUGCCCCCUUCAGGAAGCAGCCACCAUUUUGACUUCACCUUUUGUCGAGUGCAGAUGAAGCUGAGGGGGCCAGUGGAGGAAGUGAGGUCACAGCGUGGAGACUCGCCCGUAAGCGGCUCCCAGGGGCCAGGUUCAGGCAGGGCGCUUCAAAGCAAUUUCACAGGAGCAUGUCUGCGUCUCCUGAGUGACUGACACCCACCUUCAAGGGGUUUUCUUCUCUCCUUCCCUCUCUAGAGCACUUUAUUAACUCGAAGGGCGAGCGACAGGAAGUGCUUUCUUCACAUUUAGAAAAAAGACACAUAUACCUUGUUUUAUUCCAACCAUUAACAGUGGAAAUAUACAGGAAAAACGAAAAGUAUAUAUAUAUAUACACACCUGUAAUUCUGAGUAUGUACAUGUAAAAAUAUAUACUUAUUUUGUAUAUGGCUUUGUCCCGUCUGUUUGACGACGUGCCAGCAUGUCGGGUGUCCCAGACCUCUCUGCAUUCUCAGGUGAAGUCAACGUCCUGUCUUUGACCUUAACGAGGGCGACAUGCGAAGGGGGGAGAGAGAACAGACGCAAGCUCCUGUCAAGAGAGUACAACCUGUGACCCUCUCCUUGAGGGAGAGCCGAGGGCGUGACCUUUAACUUUUGACCCUCCCCACCACCCCGACCCCAGGCUGGGACGUUUGCUCUCCCCCACCCCCACCCCCCCCUCCUGAGCCCCCACCCCCAGCCCUGCAUGAAUGGACGUCUAAAGCGUGUAUUUAUUUGCAAUUAUUUGUCCCAACAAGCGAAAUGUGUGUUGACAUGCGAAAAUUCUGGUGAAUGUUGUUUUUUCCUUUUUAUAAAUAUAUAUAUAUACAUAUAUAUAUAUAUAUAUAUAUAUAUAUAUCUAUAAUAUGCUGCCUGUCAAAUAGCAAUCGACUACGACCAUGGACUGUUUUCUUACUGAAAAUUCACACGCAUACACAGACCCAUCUCUCUUUCCAGUGUUUUUUUUUUUUUUUUUACGGUGAAGCCAUAGCUUCUCCAGAGAGAAUAUUGAAGUAUCCUAAACGGUGCUUUUUGUACAGCACAGACUAUUGGUCACAAGCGACUCAUGACACAUUUUACCUUUUCACCUGACAGGAACACAGAAUAAAAAUGCAUUAAACUAUACUUUUUUUUUUUUUGCACACGCAGACUUUAGAUUUGCGAGUUAUAAUCAGAAACUUCCUUCUAUUUACCAAAUAGUUAAUGGACUGAUUGACUUUUUUGUGUAGAUAUCCAGUAUAUACACACACACGUUAUAUGCACACUUUAACAUGUCCAGUGCACACACUGUUUCCUCUCCGCUUCUGCCAUUUGCAUCUAACGUUGUGGACUUCUGUGGGGAUAAUGAAACUGGUGUGUCUGGAUGGAAGAGGGGACAGCAUGGACUGUGUUGUAGCCGGUUGCUUUGUAGCAUGUUCCACUCGCUUAGCGCUACUUCUACAUGUAGCCGACCGAUCAGUGCGACUUCAGAGGCUGAGAUGUACUCCCUUCUCCGCGCGUGUAUGUAAGUAAACGUUUUCCGUGCGUGUGUAAAUGAGUUCUGAUUAAAUUUGCAAAAAGCUGUCUUAAAAAAAAAAAAUACUUAAACAUUUUACAAACAAAAAAAAACUGUUUUUAUUUCCACAUUUUUAUUUCCAGUCUGUUUUUGUAUUUAUUAUUACAGUGUGUGUGUUUAGUUUUCACACCAUCUGCUCUGUGAGCUUUAACUGACACCUGUAAAUAAGAAAAAUAAAAAGCGGAAUAUUAAUGAAAAAAAUAACUAAAAAAUUUAAAAAAAACUCUUGUACCCUCUUGCAGAAAAUGAGAGCAAUAAA